AUGGUUCUUUGCUUCAAGCUGAACGGAGUGCCGCAUCAGUUUGCGGGUGCCUGGUGCGCUUCCGUGUCUGAUGCCGUGUCCGACGCCGCACAGCGCGUGCUUUGGUAUUUCGGACUGGGCACAGGCUUCCAGGGUGCAUCCCUCAGCACCACAGCGCAAGCAGCGGAACCACUGCCGCCGCAGCUGUUGUCACCGAAGGAGGUCGGCACGAGCCCAGGUGAAUCUGUGGGAAGUGAGCCUCGGCAUCCAGUGGAGGACAAGACGAUAUUGAUGCAAGUUCAGAACAUGCUGCAGAAAACCUUCUCCAAGGACACCGCCGCUGGGGAAAAGGUUUGGGUGUGGACGUACGAACCAUCACCAGCUGAUCCGCAAGUCUUCCGUGCCUUUGCACAGGUGCCUGCCAUUGGCCGGACCUUCCAGGGCGAUUGGUGCCGAGGCAAGAAGUUCGCCCAGCGCAACGCUUGUCUCGCAGUGAAGGCCUUCCUGGAAGAGCAAGGCGUCAGUGACGUCCCUUAG